UUUUGUGUUUGGGUUGUGUGUGGUCUGCUCUGACCUGUGAAGGUGUUGAUCUCUUUCCAGUUGCUUUUCUUGGUUUCUGGGGUGCCUGCAGAGGCCAAGGACCUGCACGCAGCUCCAGUGGCAGUGGCCAAGGAUGCUGUCUGCAGCACAGCUGCUGGGCCCAAGGCUGCAGUGUCCAGCAUGGUGGAUGUAGCCAAAGUGGCUGUCCAGGAGGGUGUGGAGAAGACCAGAUUGGCAGUGACCAGCAGCGUGGAUGCUGCAGCGGGCUCGUCUGUGGGCUAGAAAGCUGCAAGUGACCUGGACAUGGCGCUGGGCAAGACAGGGCAGUGGGUGGACCACUACCUCCCCAUGACGGCUGAGGAGCUGGAUUGGCUCAGCCAAGCAGACUGGGGAUCAGAUGGUGCACGACAGCCAGGAGAAGCUGCAGCAGCUGUGGCUGGAGUGGCGCCAGGGCCAGCCAGGAAGCCAUGAGGGGGACAGCACCCCACAGCCUGAGGAGAUGGGAUCCCAGGCUCUGGCCACUGCCCAGACCCUCCUCCAGCAAGAGCAGGAUGCCUGGCAGAGCCUGAUAGCCAGUAUCCCGGGGCUGCCAACCAGCAUGCAGGAGCAGGUCCAGCAGGGCUGCCAGCACCUGGGGGAGCUCCAGGCUGCCUUCUCCAGUGCCCCGUCCUUCCAGGAGCUGCCUGAGGGGCUGCUGAGCCAGAGCAGGGAGAAGCUGACCAAGGCCCAGGAGUGCCUGGAUGAUCUGCUGGAGUAUGUGAUUAAGAAGAUGCCCCUGACCUGGGUUGUGGGGCCACUUUCUCCUGCUGGAGGCUCUGCAGAGCAGGAGGAGGAGCUUGUCUCGGAGGGCAAGGUGGAGGAGCCUGCAGGGGAAGGGAAGGUGGAGCCCUGAAGAACUGAACCCCUCUUGGGUCACAUCUAGUAAAGGGGUCCUUUCUCUCUCCAAGGGAUUUGAUUCGGGCUGUGAAGGUGGGCUAGUCUAGUAAUCUUCAUUCUGAUGGGCAAGUGUCUUGCCCUCCCCAUUGAGCUGGGUAUUCACUUGGGCUUCCCAGAAAGGGCUGCCUUUCCCUGGAUGUCUCUAAUCCUGCUGUACCAAUUGGCCUGUUAGCUGCCUCCUGACUGAAGGCUUCUUCUGCUUCAAAUCCCUUGCCUGCCUUGUGCCUGUUUGGUUGCUGGCUUAGUGUUGAUCACUGUUGCAUUCACAGCCUGUCCUGAACAUGUUCAGCCCUGUCUCUACCAGGAUUUUACUUUCCUAGUCCCUA